UUGUCACUGAAGUUGCAGUUGGUGUGAAGAGAGGAUCUGACGAACUUCUUUCAGACAGUGUACUCAAUAGCCCGAACUCUAACAUGAGCAGCAUGGUAGUUACUGCCAAUGGUAAUGACAAGAAGAAAUUCAAAGGUGACAAUAAAAUGGAUGGGGCUCCUUCUCGUGUUCUUCAUAUCAGGAAAUUGCCUGGGGAAGUGACAGAAACGGAAGUUAUUGCUUUAGGUUUACCUUUUGGUAAGGUAACCAACAUCCUGAUGUUGAAGGGGAAAAACCAGGCGUUUCUGGAACUUGCUACAGAAGAAGCAGCUGUCACUGUGGUCAAUUACUACUCUGCUGUGACGCCUCAUCUCCGUAACCAGCCCAUCUAUAUCCAGUAUUCCAAUCAUAAAGAACUAAAGACUGACAACACACUUAACCAGCGGGCCCAAGCUGUUCUUCAGGCAGUGACGGCUGUGCAGGCAACAAAUGCUCCCAUUAGCGGGACCACUGUUAGUGAGAGCGCAGUGACUCCAGCUCAGAGUCCAGUACUUAGAAUAAUUAUUGACAAUAUGUACUAUCCGGUAACCCUGGAUGUUCUUCAUCAGAUAUUCUCUAAAUUUGGUGCUGUAUUGAAGAUAAUCACAUUCACAAAGAAUAACCAGUUUCAAGCUUUACUGCAGUAUGGUGAUCCAGUAAAUGCACAGCAAGCAAAACUA